AUGAAUACAAGUUGUGGUGAAUUAGGUCUUCGGAUAGCAUUGUGUGAUCUGAUUGAGAGGCUCAAGAGAUGUGAGCAGAAGUGCAGUUAUCUGGAGGAAUGCAGGCAUGAGCUGAUCCGGGAAGUGAUGCGCCUUAAGAUACAAAACCAGUCGCUUAUUGCCAACUCUGGCAACACAUCCAACGCCUAUCCUAUAACUGAUACCAAUCACUUGGUUCUGAGUCCCAUCCAUGGGUUUAACACUAAUAAUAACAAUAAUGUGAUGAUUGGAUCAGUUAAUGGUCAUGAAGUGGUGGCCAAUAAAGAUAUGAACAAAAGCCGUGCAUAUGAUUUGAUUGGAUCCGAUAGUGACAAUCAAGACGAGAAUUGGCAGCAAAUAACUGUCCGACUCUUGCAGGACAUGAGGCGUGAUAUGGUGGCCAAUGGACACCAACUAAAAGGCCAUGAUAUCAUCGAUAAGAUUGUGGCAAACGAUAUGCAAAGCAAUACUAAUCGACAUAACGACACAAUUAUUACAAUCAAUGACUCAUUGACUCAAAUGAACGACAAUUUAAUUGAAAGCAAAACGUAUUCAACGAAUGGUCGCCAAAAGGUGAUCCAAAAGGUGAUGACAAAUGACCGCAAUUUAAGCCCAUUUGAUGAGUUGAGUGCAACAAAGAGUCCGUAUUUGAUAGGAAUAAGUGAUAAUAAAGUGGAUAAUAAUAAUGAAUUGUUGAGUGAUUUGAGUGAACCAGAGAGUGGUUGUCAAGAGGGGAAGCAGUCGUUGAAAAUGGUGGCCAACUCUUCGCCAGUACUGGCAUCCAAUGAUCCGGACAGCGAUGGCGUCAAAGCGUUUUGUAGUGCCAUGUCGUGCGUGAAGGAGGAUCUGAAUGAGGUAUUGGUGGCACUGACCACACAAAAUGAGAAACUCAAUCGACUUAAAGCCAAAAAAUUGAGAGAUUUUUUUAACCGACAAAUCAAUUUCGAUCAAAAUAUACAACAAACCAGUCCUCCAUCCAAACGCCAGCAAAGCACUCAUCAAAACCAUUGA